AUGUCUACUCGAAUAUGGCAAGAAUUUUUUGUACGUGAAGAUGAGGAUGAGUUAUUAACAAUCACCAAAGAAAAUAAUACUUGUAGAAAACGUACAGACAAUUUAAUUAUGGGUUAUGUUAUACAUAUAUUUGUUCAGAAUAUCGGAAAUAUCCAUUAUGUAAAUUUCAAAUUGAAAGCAAAGCAGUCGUCUGAUGGUACAUAUAAGUUAUAUUUAUCAGGGUUUCAUGAUCAUCAACAACGGAAUACAACAAGUCGACUACCAUCACCAAUUCGUGAGAACAUUAUUAAACUGUCAGACAACGGCAUAAUAACAUCUCAAAUUAAUAAAGUAAUCAAAGCGUUACAUCCAGAUUUGUCUAUUGGUACAGAAGUUAUGUAUGUUGCUCGUGUUCAUCGUCAAAAAGAUCGUUCAAGUAUUAAAUUCAUUCAAGAUUUACCGCAGUGGUCAAUACGUCAGUUAUUAUCUGCAUGUAAAUAUUCAUCAGUACUGGCUAUUGAUUGCACUUACAAAAUAACAACAAAUGAAUUACCAUUAUUAGUAUUUGGAACAUCUGAUUAUAAUCGUCGAUUUUAUCCAAUGGGUAUUUGUUUAAUGUCAACAGACGAAUCAGCGAAUACAUUUCGUACAUUAUUUCGUGGUAUUCAACAAUGGGCAUCAGCAGUUAGUAAUCAAGCCUAUACAAUCUCGCAUGUUAUGGCUGAUGGAGCACCUGAUUUAACAAGUGCCAUGUCUGAAAUUCCAUUAGCAAAACGUUUAAUAUGCUGGUUUCAUAUGAUUCUCGAACAAUACAUUUUUAGUACGCAAUUAAUAUUUGACGAUCAAAUAUUUACAACAGCACCACAUCUUAUGUUAUUAAAAUGGUCGGCAGAUGCUGAAUUAAAUGAUUUUCGACAAUAUUUUGAACAAGAAUGGAUAUCAUCGUUACCGAAUUGGUAUGAAGGAGCCGCUUGUUUAGCACCAUCAACAAAUAAUGGACUAGAAUUACUUAAUGGUAGAAUUAAAAAAGAUUACACAUUAAGAAAUCGUCUUCCAUUAUCUGCAUUUUUAAAAACAGCAGAACGAAUGCUAACCGAUUGGUCAAAAGAUAGUGAAGAAAAACCAUUUCAGUUACAUAUUACGUAUAAAGAUGAUUUAAGAUUAAGUGCAUACUAG